CCCUCCUCCCUUUCCUCCUCUCUCCUCCCCAUUCUCUCUCUCUCUUCCGCCCUCCUCUCCUUCCUCUUGCAGACACUGCAUGCCUCCGAGUGCGUGCAGAGGUCUCAGUUCAACCCCGGAAUGUCGCAUCAUCAUCAGCUUCUCCUAGCGCCCUCGUAGUUCUCUAUCUCUGUCUAUCUUUAGGACUAUAAACACUGCGAGCAGAACCCGGUAGACUGAUAACCGUUACCUGAGGGUGCUACCGAACCCCGUGGUCCCUCUCACCCCCCCUGCCUGCUUAGGAAGCACAUCACCUCUGCGUCUUGUCUCUCUGCGCCCCGCUGCUGAGCGAGAUCAAUCAGACAGACAGAGCGGAUCUUCAAGGGGACAAUAUUCAUCAUCAUGAUCAAUAUCAACAUAUGGACCAAGCGAUAACGGAAUCAGCUCUGUUACUUUAGUAGAUUCUCAGCAUCCAGGCGCAUUAACGGGAUUCUGCCUCCGUCUCUGUGUCCUUGAGCUCGGCCUGUACAGUGAGUCAGUGGUUCCAGUCUGCUCUACCACUAGUCCUUCUCUCAACCCCCAACCCCUUCAUAAGCGAGACAAGAGAGAAGAGUGGAGUCGCCAAGGACACAGGGAGAACGCUGGAGGCAGCCCUCAUCCCUCGGAGUGGGAGAACAAAAUACUAGAAAAAUAACUGAGUCAGUUGUUUCUGAGAUGUUGCUGACUGGUCCCUGGUUAAAACAUUGACCCCUGACCCUACUGGUUAGCUAAUGAAGUCUGUGUUUAAGACUUGUGUCUAAGAACUCUUGAAAGAAGAAGGAAGGACCAGCGCUUGGUGACUGGCUGGUAUAAAUAAGCAGAAACACUCGCUGCUCCGAGAAAGAGAGAGAGAGACAGAGAGAGAGAGAGAGAGUAAGUCUGGACUCGUGUGUUCCAGAUGAGUGGGUGAAACCUCUCCAGAGAAGGAAAUAGAGACCACAGAGAGAGAAGAGGACCAAAUCAGUCUGUCAGAAUGUCUACCACCGCCACCAUGGGAGAGAUGGCUAACAGUGCUGUUGAGUUCUACCCUAAAGGCCGGAGCCGAGGUGGAGGUGGGAAGGGGGAGGGUAACAAUGCUGUAGAGGGAGAUUUUGGGGUGACGGUGGAGGAGCUCAGGGAUCUGAUGGAGCUCCGGGGAGGGGAGGCCAUUCAGAAGAUACAGGAGGCAUACGGAGACUCAGAGGGCCUGGCCACUAAACUGCUCACCAACACUAUUGACGGUCUAUCAGGUGACCAGGCAGACCUGGAUCGUCGUAGCAAGUCAUUCGGUCAGAACUUCAUCCCUCCUAAACAGCCCAAGACCUUCCUGGAGCUGGUCUGGGAAGCUCUUCAAGAUGUCACUCUUAUCAUCCUGGAGGUGGCAGCUAUCAUCUCCCUGGGACUGUCCUUCUACCAACCCCCUGGAGAUGACACUGAGGCAUGUGGUAACGUGUCAGGAGGGGCAGAGGAUGAGGGCGAGGCUGAAGCCGGGUGGAUUGAGGGUGCCGCCAUCUUGCUGUCCGUCGUCUGUGUGGUCCUGGUGACGGCCUUCAAUGAUUGGUCUAAAGAGAAACAGUUCCGUGGGCUACAGAGCAGGAUAGAACAGGAGCAGCGCUUCGCCGUCGUGCGGAAAGGAAACGUGAUCCAGAUACCUGUAGCUGACAUGGUGGUGGGGGACAUGGCUCAGGUCAAAUACGGGGACCUGUUGCCAGCGGAUGGUAUCCUGAUCCAGGGAAAUGACCUGAAGAUUGAUGAGAGUUCUCUGACUGGGGAAUCAGACCACGUUGGGAAGACUGUGGACAAAGACCCUAUGCUGCUCUCUGGUACCCAUGUGAUGGAGGGUUCGGGUAGGAUGCUGGUAACAGCUGUGGGGGUCAACUCUCAGACUGGCAUCAUCUUUACACUGUUGGGGGCCGGAGAGGGGGAGGAGGAAGAGGAGGAGGAGGAUGACAAGAAGAAGAAGGGGAAGCAGCCCGAAGUGAUGAUGGAGAACAACCAGAAUAAAGCCAAGAAGCAGGACGAGGCUGUAGCCAUGGAGAUGCAGCCUCUGAAGAGUGCAGAGGGAGGAGAGGUGGAGGAGAAGAAGAGAGGCAACACCACAAAGAAAGAGAAGAGUGUUCUACAGGGUAAACUCACCAAACUGGCUGUGCAGAUUGGGAAAGCAGGCCUGGUGAUGUCAGCUAUAACAGUGCUCAUCUUGGUGUUGUAUUUUGUCAUCCAGACGUUCGUAAUAGAAGAUCGUGUGUGGCUAGCAGAGUGUACUCCAGUCUAUGUCCAGUACUUUGUCAAGUUCUUCAUCAUCGGAGUGACUGUGUUGGUGGUGGCUGUACCUGAGGGCCUGCCGCUCGCUGUCACCAUAUCACUGGCCUACUCUGUCAAGAAAAUGAUGAAGGAUAAUAACCUGGUUCGCCACCUGGAUGCAUGUGAGACGAUGGGGAACGCUACGGCCAUCUGCUCCGACAAGACCGGCACUCUGACCACCAACCGCAUGACUGUCGUACAGACCUUCCUAGGUGACCAGCACCACCGGUCAGUUCCGGAACCAAAACAGGUCAACCCCAAGACUCUAGAACUACUGGUCAACGCCAUCGCUAUCAACAGUGCCUACACAUCCAAGAUCAUGCCUGCAGACCAGGAGGGGGGUCUAGCUAAGCAGGUGGGGAACAAGACAGAGUGUGGCCUGCUGGGCUUCGUUCUGGACCUACAGCAAGACUACAGCGCUGUCCGAGACCGGGUCCCUGAGGAACAGCUGUUCAAGGUGUAUACCUUUAACUCGGUGCGUAAGUCCAUGUCCACGGUGGUCCAGCAACGAGACGGAUCCUUCAGACUCUACAGUAAAGGAGCUUCUGAGAUACUACUGAAGAAGUGUUCGUAUAUCAUGGACGUUCAUGGAAAGCCACGUAAUUUCAGACCCAGAGACAGGGAGGAGAUGGUGAAACAGGUGAUAGAGCCGAUGGCGUGUGAAGGGUUAAGGACGAUCUGUAUCGCAUUCCGAGACCUUCCAUCCAAUCCCGAGCCAGACUGGGACAACGAAGAAGUCAUCGUUACUCAGCUGACCUGUCUCACUGUGGUGGGCAUAGAGGACCCUGUACGACCUGAGGUGCCUGAUGCAAUUCGUAAGUGUCAGAAAGCGGGCAUCUGCGUAAGGAUGGUCACAGGAGACAACAUCAACACAGCCAGGGCCAUAGCAGCUAAAUGUGGCAUCAUCCAUCCUGGAGAAGACUUCCUGUGUAUCGACGGCAAGGAGUUCAACCGGCGAAUUAGGAACGAGAAAGGAGAGGUAGAGCAGGAGCGGAUCGACAAGGUCUGGCCUAAACUACGAGUCCUCGCUCGCUCCUCCCCCACAGACAAACAUACACUGGUCAAAGGCAUCAUGGACAGCACUGUGUUGGAGCUGAGGCAGGUUGUCGCGGUAACCGGAGACGGGACAAACGACGGGCCGGCACUGAAGAAGGCCGACGUGGGCUUUGCCAUGGGUAUAGCCGGUACAGACGUGGCCAAGGAGGCAUCUGACAUCAUAUUAACGGACGAUAACUUCAGUAGCAUAGUGAAGGCUGUGAUGUGGGGGAGGAACGUCUACGACAGCAUCUCCAAGUUCCUCCAGUUCCAGCUGACUGUCAACGUGGUGGCUGUCAUAGUGGCCUUCACUGGGGCCUGCAUUACACAGGACUCUCCUCUGAAAGCAGUCCAGAUGUUAUGGGUUAACCUCAUCAUGGAUACCUUCGCCUCUCUUGCCCUAGCAACAGAACCACCCACAGAGUCCCUGUUGCUACGUAAACCCUACGGCCGCAACAACCCUCUCAUCUCCUUGACGAUGUUGAAGAACAUCCUGGGUCACGGAGUCUACCAGCUCAUCAUUAUCUUUAGUCUCCUGUUUAUAGGAGAGCGUAUCUUCAACAUAGACAGUGGUCGUAAAGCUCCGCUCCACUCCCCUCCGUCAGAACACUACACCAUCAUUUUCAACACCUUCGUCCUCAUGCAGCUCUUUAAUGAGAUCAACGCCAGGAAGAUCCAUGGAGAACGCAACGUCUUCGACGGAAUCUUCUCUAACCCAAUCUUCUGUUCUAUCGUGUUCGGAACCUUAGUUAUCCAGGUGGUGAUCGUCCAGUGGGGAGGCAAGCCGUUCAGCUGUGCUCCUCUCAGCGUGGAACAGUGGCUCUGGUGUCUGUUCGUUGGAGUGGGAGAACUACUCUGGGGACAGGUGAUCGCCACGGUUCCCAGCGACCAAUUACCAUGUCUGAAGGAGGCGGGGGCAGCGAUGGCGGCGGUGGAGGAAGAGGAAGAGAUGGACGAAGGAGACGAAGAGGGAGAGAUUGACUGUGCUGAGAGAGAGCUACGACGAGGACAGAUACUGUGGUGUAGAGGACUAAACCGCAUACAGACACAGAUGCGUGUAGUCAAUGCCUUCCGUACCAACGUGUACGAGACCCGAGAGAAAACGGAAUCACGGAACUCCAUCCAUAACUUCAUGGCUCACCCAGAAUUCCUGAUCAAUGAUCUCAUCCAUAACAUCCCUCUGAUCGACGACACAGACAUCGACGAGGAGUCAGAGCUGAGUCGAUACCAGCACCACCUCCACCCUGCCCUCCGCAAGCCCCCUCCACCCCCGCCCAGCCCCCGUCCUCCUCCCGCUCCCGCCCGCCAAGGCCCUACCGACAACACAGUCUCCCCGUCACCCCUACCAACAUAAACAACAACGCAACACUGGUCACCUUUGGCAACACAAACAACAAGGCUGUUUCCCCAGGUAACCGGUGCAUCAAUUAUGAAGUUGCAACCAGAGCUACAACAGCGCUAGGGGUAACAGGUUCCUAGCCCCCUCCUCCUGUCCUCCUCUCCGUUGCUCUCCCGUCCUCCUCCUCUACUGCUUUCAGACAUCCUUAUAACUCAUGAACAGAUGCAGGGAGGAAAGGACAGACAGACUUACAGGCAGGAGGGGAGAGAGAGACAGGCUGACAGGGAGAAGAGACAAUAGACAGACAUUUUAAAGGAGAACAUUUUUUCACCAUCAAAGAGGAGGGGUGUAAAGGAGUCUAGGUUCUGACUGGAGGGAGAAGUUAAGCCCUUCCUUCCUGCUUCUUCUCUUAUCGCUAUUACCAGGCUACUAUACCACGGGAGAGAGGGGGAGUGAUCUGCUAUGACCAGGCUACUAUACUACAGGAGAGAGGAGGAGUGAUCUGCUGUGACCAGGCUACUACACUACAGGAGAGAGGAGGAGUGAUCUGCUAUGACCAGGCUACUAUACUACAGGAGAGAGGGGGAGUGAUCUGCUAUGACCAGGCUACUAUACUACAGGAGAGAGGAGGAGUGAUCUGCUAUGACCAGGCUACUAUACCACAGGAGAGAGGAGGAGUGAUCUGCUAUGACCAGGCUACUAUACUACAGGAGAGAGGAGGAGUGAUCUGCUGUGACCAGGCUACUACACUACAGGAGAGAGGAGGAGUGAUCUGCUAUGACCAGGCUACUAUACUACAGGAGAGAGGGGGAGUGAUCUGCUAUGACCAGGCUACUAUACUACAGGAGAGAGGAGGAGUGAUCUGCUAUGACCAGGCUACUAUACUACAGGAGAGAGGAGGAGUGAUCUGCUGUGAUUAGUACAACCAGGGGAGAACAGCUGCCUGCUCUUUCAAGGCCGAACGGGGCACUGCAGGCAACGUUUUGAGAAAGUAGGAUCCACCAAUAUAGUCAAUGGGAGUAUGACGAUCAUCGUGGUCAAUAUUUGUGGAUGUACCAUUUUUCCUAACACAAUCAUUGUACCAAUACUUGCUUCUAUUUCACCAGAUGUAUGUCUUUGAACCGAUUAUUUAAAAAUUGAUAAUAUGCAGCCUGCAGUACCCCGGUCAGUCUUCAGAGGGGGUAGAACUGAGGUAGCCUGCAGUACCCCGGUCAGUCUUCAAGAGGGGGUAGAACUGAGCUAGCCUGCAGUACCCCGGUCAGUCUUCAAGAGGGGGCAGAACUGAGCUAGCCUGCAGUACCCCGGUCAGUCUUCAGAGGGGGUAGAACUGAGCUAGCCUGCAGUACCCCGGUCAGUCUUCAAGAGGGGGCAGAACUGAGCUAGCCUGCAGUACCCCGGUCAGUCUUCAGAGGGGGUAGAACUGAGCUAGCCUGCAGUACCCCGGUCAGUCUUCAAGAGGGGGUAGAACUGAGCUAGCCUGCAGUACCCCGGUCAGUCUUCAAGAGGGGGUAGAACUGAGCUAGCCUGCAGUACCCUGGUCAGUCUUCAAGAGGGGAUAGAACUGAGCUAGCCUGCAGUACCCCGGUCAGUCUUCAAGAGGGGGUAGAACUGAGCUAGCCUGCAGUACCCCGGUCAGUCUUCAAGAGGGGGUAGAACUGAGCUAGCCUGCAGUACCCCGGUCAGUCUUCAAGAGGGGGCAGAACUGAGCUAGCCUGCAGUACCCCGGUCAGUCUUCAAGAGGGGGCAGAACUGAGCUAGCCUGCAGUACCCCGGUCAGUCUUCAAGAGGGGGCAGAACUGAGCUAGCCUGCAAAGCGUUUUUUUAUCCGCGCCAAACUUGAUGCAAAACCAUUGCCCACGAGUAACCUAGCAACAUUUAAAGCUGCGCUGACUGGUCAGAGUUCGGACCUUCCCUGUGAAUAAAUGGACGUGAGAGAGGAAGAACGCUAGAGGGGGAGUCCCCGCGGACGGGAAGUUCUGAGUUUGCUCAUGCCUGCCAUGCCACUAGCAAACACUGUGGCCCCAUCCAACGAUACCCCCGGACAGGGCCAACCAGGCAGAAUAUAACCCCUCCAACGAUACCCCCGGACAGGGCCAACCAGGCAGAAUAGAACCCCUCCAACGAUGCCCCCGGACAGGGCCAACCAGGCA